GGCAAUGGCAACAUCCAUUCCAGCCCAUCUAACUUUCCUCCUUUUUCGUCAACCUCCGGCACUUCCACACUGUCCCGUCUUCCUUCUUCCUCUUCCUCGCCGCCUUCCAUCUUCAGGUCCCCACCGGAAUCUCCAUCUCCAUCUCUCUCUCUCUCUCUAUCUUCAGCUCCUUGCGCACCGCUCUCAUCUAACUUUCUCGCAUCCCUCGUUCCGCUGCCGGCCGCGCGCGCUCCCUCCCUCCCCCAUAUAAACUCGCGCUUCCUCGUAAUAUCAUCUCUCGAUAAUCUCUAGGCGCAGCGGUCGUUCCUCAUGUCUUCGAUGGCGGCAAUGCUCGAGUCGGUCGCUCUCUCCUCGCCGAAGAUUCGCCCUUCCCCCCGCCGCCCUGCGGCGGCUAUGGCCUCGUCCCCGGCGGCGAUUUCCCUCCCCUCGCGGCCGAAAGCCGACGCCUUGCCGGGCUUCGCGGGGUUGAGGAUUCAGUCGCGAUCGCUCGCUCCGUCGAAUUCCAGGAGCUCGAGAGGUCCUCGCUGCUCGCGGAAUGGGCGGAUCGUGUGCGAAGCCUCGGACACUGCUCUCGACCUUCCUCCAGUGACAGAUACUACAUGGAAGUCACUUGUUCUCAAGGCUGAUGGGCCUGUGCUGGUCGAGUUUUGGGCCCCGUGGUGCGGGCCCUGCCGAAUGCUCCAUCCGGUGGUGGGAGAAAUAGCGGACGAGUACGCUGGGAAGCUCAAGUGCUUCAAACUGAAUACUGAUGAGAGCCCUUCCAUCGCAACUCAAUAUGGAGUCCGGAGUGUACCCACGAUCAUGAUCUUCAGCAGUGGCGAGAAGAAAGACGCGGUCCUCGGUGCAGUGCCCAAAUCAACCCUCACAACCUGCAUAGAGAAGUUCUUGUGAAAACAAAUAGUGAUGUGUAAAAGGUCAAUUGGCUACGUUUUUAUGAUUUUGGAGAGUUCCAUCUGUCUGUGUUAGUGUGUACCUAGAAUUCAAUUAUGUUUUUGUCUGGUGUGGGAAUCGACAUAGAGCCAUGAAAAAUAAGAAAGUUGAUAGGAUACCAAUAGCUUGGUGGUGGUUGCUUGUCAACUGUAAGAGCAUAAAUGAUACUGCUUUGCCCUUUUGUCAAAGUUUCAGUUUGAAAUAA